AUGGCGUCUCACAACUUCGAGGCCAUGGCCUCCAAACUGGAUGACCCCAACUCUGAUCUCAGGGCCAAGGGUACGCAGGCAAUCGAGAUACGGGACAACAUUGAGAGCUACUGUCAAGGGCAGCAGUACAGCGCAUUCCUCAACCACCUCGUCCCCGUCUUCCUCAAGAUACUCGAUGGAAGCCCGGUCUUCAUAUCAACGUCGCCCGAACAGCGGAUACGGAACUGCAUCCUCGAAAUUCUGCACCGACUGCCGAUGAACCCGGCCGAGGCGAUCGAACCACAUGCGGCCAAAAUUGUCGACAAGCUGAUGAGCUUGGUCAAGUUGGAGAAUGAGGACAACGCCGUCUUGUGUAUGAAAACCAUCAUGGACUUUCAGCGCCACCAGACCAAGGUGCUGGCAGACCGCGUCCAGCCAUUCCUGGACCUGAUCCAAGAGAUGUUUGAGACAAUGGAGCAGGCAGUACACGACACAUUCGAUACCAGCGGACCUGCGUCAGCCUCGCAGGGCGUCCCAUCGACACCGAACAACCACCAGUUCUCGCAAUCUCCUCGGCCCAGUUCACCGGCAACCGCCCUUAACUCUGGCCCUGCAGGCGACCUUGGAUCCGAACACCUACCCACACGCAUGCUCCUGAAGGGAAUGCAGUCGUUCAAGGUUCUCGCAGAGUGCCCGAUUAUUGUGGUAUCGCUAUUCCAGGCCUACAGGAACUGUGUGAACAAGAACGUGAAACUUUUUGUUCCGCUCAUUAAGAAUGUGCUUUUGCUCCAGGCGAAGCCGCAAGAGAAGGCGCAUGAAGAGGCCAAGGCUCAGGGCAAGAUAUUCACCGGUGUCAGCAAGGAGAUUCGGAAUCGCGCGGCAUUUGGUGACUUUAUCACAGCCCAAGUUAAGACGAUGAGCUUUCUGGCCUAUCUCCUUCGGGUGUACGCAAACCAGCUGAACGACUUCCUACCAACUCUGCCGGAUAUUGUCGUUCGCUUGCUCAAAGAUUGUCCACGGGAAAAAUCAGGUGCACGUAAGGAGCUACUGGUUGCUAUACGACACAUCAUCAACUUCAACUUUCGCAAGAUCUUCUUGAAGAAAAUCGACGAGCUCCUGGACGAAAGGACCCUCAUUGGGGAUGGCCUCACUGUAUACGAAACCAUGCGUCCACUUGCGUACAGUAUGCUUGCAGAUCUCAUCCACCAUUUGCGAGACUCGCUCUCGAAGGAGCAAAUUCGCCGGACAGUCGAGGUAUACACGAAGAACUUACAUGACAGCUUUCCAGGAACCAGUUUCCAGACCAUGAGUGCGAAACUCCUUCUGAACAUGGCAGAGUGCAUCGCAAAGCUGGAGCCGAAGGAGGACGCUCGGUACUUCCUGAUCAUGAUUCUCAAUGCCAUUGGGGACAAGUUUGCUGCAAUGAAUCGCCAGUAUCACAAUGCCGUCAAGCUUUCAGCACAAUACAGCCAACCAUCAAUCGAUGCGACAGACGAGAACCACAUGGCUGUUCAAGACAGUCCGCCAGACUGGGAUGAGAUUGACAUUUUUAACGCAACACCGAUCAAGACAUCAAACCCACGAGACCGGAGUUCUGACCCAAUUGCUGACAAUAAAUUCCUGUUCAAGAACUUACUACAUGGACUCAAGAACCUCUUCUAUCAACUUCGAGCGUGUAACCCAGCCAAGAUAAAAGAAGAGAUUGACCCAGCCAAUGCCUCAGCCAAUUGGCAUGAGGUAUCAUUCGGUUACAAUGCCGAAGAGGUGGAAGUUCUCAUCAAGCUUUUCCGUGAAGGUGCAAAGGUGUUCCGUUAUUACGGCACAGACAAGGCUCCCGAGGGCCAAGGACUGUCACCAGGAGAUUUCAUGGGCAACCAACAUAUGAUGUCGAGCGGCAAGGAAGAGAAGGACCUACUGGAGACGUUUGCAACCGUCUUCCACCACAUUGACCCGGCCACAUUCCACGAAGUGUUUUCAUCCGAGAUACCCCAUUUGUACGAUAUGAUGUUCGAUCACCCCGCAUUACUCCACGUUCCCCAGUUCCUUCUCGCGUCCGAGGCCACAUCCCCCAGCUUUUCGGGAAUGCUGCUGCAGUUUCUCAUGGACCGGAUCGAAGAGGUUGGCACUGCAGAUGUUAAAAAGUCAUCCAUUAUGCUUCGCCUCUUCAAGCUGUCGUUUAUGGCAGUUACUCUCUUUUCCGCUCAAAACGAGCAAGUCCUCCUGCCGCACGUCAGCAAGAUCAUCACCAAGUCGAUUCAGCUGUCGACAACUGCCGAGGAGCCCAUGAACUACUUUUUGCUACUUAGAUCACUUUUCAGGAGCAUUGGUGGUGGUAGGUUUGAGCACCUGUAUAAGGAGAUUCUUCCACUUCUGGAGAUGUUACUGGACGUUCUCAACAACCUUUUGUUGACAGCACGCAAACCCGCCGAAAGGGACUUGUUUGUUGAACUUUCCUUGACAGUGCCGGCAAGGUUGAGCAACCUUUUGCCACACCUCAGUUACCUCAUGAGACCGCUGGUCGUUGCCUUGCGAGCUGGAUCUGAUCUUGUAGGACAAGGACUUCGAACUCUGGAGCUUUGCGUGGAUAAUCUCACCGCAGACUACUUGGACCCUAUAAUGGCGCCCGUCAUCGACGAACUGAUGGCUGCUUUGUGGGAGCAUCUGAAGCCAAAUCCGUACAGCCACUUCCAUGCCCACACUACAAUGCGCAUCCUUGGCAAACUAGGUGGCCGCAACCGCAAGUUCAUCACAGGGCCGCCAGAGCUGAACUUCAAGCCGUAUUCGGACGACCAAGCAUCUGUUGAUAUACGUUUGAUUGGAUCCACCAAAGACCGCGCCUUUCCUGCGGCAAUUGGAAUCGACACUGCAAUUGCAAAGCUUCACGAGAUUCCCAAGACACCCGCAGCGAAGAAGUCCGACACGUUCCACAAGCAACAGGCUCUCCGCCUCAUCACAGCACACACAAAGCUGCUGGUCGGCUUCGAUAGCUUGCCCGAGGAUUUUGCGCAACUGGUCCGCCUGCAAGCUAAUGACUUGUGUGCUAAGAAGUUCGAUGCCGGAUAUGAUAUUUUGACUGCGUCUGAGCGCGAGAAGUCAAUCACCAAGAAGAGCAUGGAACAAGAGACCUUGAAGAAGCUGCUCAAGGCUUGUAUCUUUGCUGUGUCUAUACCCGAGCUGAAGACCGACGCUGAGGCUUUAGUGAGCAACCUGGCAAAACAUUUCACGCUUCUACAGCUCGCAACCCAGUUUGCAAUACUCAAGCACAAGACCAAGCCGUUUGAUGUGCAUUCGGGCGAAGGACCUGUUGUGAUCGAAACAGACGUCAUUUCAGAAGCGAUUGGCGAAUCUCUUGCGUCAGAGCAUGCUGCUGUGCGCGACGCUGCUGAGCAAGCCAUCAUAACCAUGCGAGAUGCCACAAAGGCUAUUUUUGGGAAUGACGGCGCACUCGACAAGUUCGUCUUCUUCACUGAGCUUUCGAGCACCUUCUGCCACAACUGCCAUGCGGAUGACUGGUUCAUGAAGUCUGGUGGAACUCGGGGUAUUGAGAUCAUGAUCAAGCAGCUGGGGCUUCCUCUGACUUGGCUCGUUCCCCGUCACUUCGAGCUUGUCCGGGCUUUGAACUUUGUGAUGAAGGACAUGCCCAUCGAUCUCGACUCGAAGACACGCAUACAAGCGGAAGGACUCAUCCAGGACCUCAUUCGGCGAUGUCAUAAAAAGAUCAAGAAGGAAGAUUUUGACAAGGGCAACAACAUCACGCUGAGACUGUGUCAGCAGCUUGUGGGUGAUUUGUCGCACAUGAACAAGAAUGUGCGAGAAGCGACACAAAAGGCUUUCCAGGUGCUAUCCGAUGUUACCGAGUUGAGUGUGAGCGACCUCAUCACACCCGUCAAAGACAGACUUAUCCUGCCCAUCUGGACUAAGCCACUCCGAGCGUUGCCUUUCAGCAUUCAGAUCGCCUACAUCGACGCCAUCACCUUCUGUUUGAAACUCAAGAACAACAUCCUUGAGUUCAAUGAGCAGUUGACGAGGUUGCUGAUGGAGUCCCUUGCACUGGCAGAUGCGGAAGACGAGCAUCUUGCAAGCAAGCCCUUUGAGCAAAGGAAUGCAGAUCACAUCGUCAGCCUGCGAGUGGCCUGUAUUCGUCUUCUCUCCACUGCCCAGAGCUUCCCCGAGUUCAGCACGACACCGCCAAACCAGACCUUCCUCCGAAUCAUCGCCGUCUUCUUCAAGUGUCUCUACUCCAAGUCCCCCGAGGUUAUUGAGGCAGCCAACAUUGGUCUCUCGGGCGUCAUCUCAGCAACAAACAAGCUACCCAAGGAUGUUCUACAAAGCGGGCUCCGUCCCAUUUUGGUUAAUCUCCAGGACCCACGAAAACUCUCCGUGGAAAACCUUGAUGGCCUGGCGCGUUUGUUGAAGCUUCUCACCAACUACUUCAAGGUUGAGAUUGGAACCCGCCUUCUCGAUCACCUUAAGAGCAUCGCCGAUCAGAACAGUCUCCAGAAGAUCUCGUUUACCAUGAUUGAACAAAACCCAAAGAUGAAGAUUGUGACUGGCAUCUUCAACAUCUUCCAUCUGUUGCCUCCGGCGGCGGCUACUUUCCUCAAGCAAAUUAUUGAAAAGGUCAUCGAGUUGGAAACUGCGCUCAGGAGGACUCAUUACAGCCCAUUCAGAGAGCCUUUGAUCAAGUACCUCUGCAUGUAUCCAAAGGAAGCCUGGGAUCACUUUGCUCCCAAUUUGAAGGACCACACCCAAGGACGCUUCUUUGCCCAGCUCCUCGUAAACCCAGCUAGCGAGGCUCUCCGCAAGCAAGUCACAGAAGAUGUUCCCGGCUUCUUGAGCGCCAUCAGCCCUGAGGGUACCGAGAAGGAGAAAUGCCAGGCUCAGCUCAACGGCAUUCACAUUGCAUAUGCUCUAUGCCAAUGUGAGGAAACCAGCAAGUGGCUUGUUUCGGAUGCAGACCUACGAAAAGGCCUCUUCGAAGCGGCCCGAUCAUUGGAGAAGAAGCUCAGGGCAAACAGCCUAGACGCAGACUUGCGCUUGGCAACUGAACAGGCUGGUGACCAGAUCAUGAUCAUCUUCACCACAUACCUGAAGCAUGAGCCGAGCAGCUUGGACUUUUUCUUUGAGCUUGUCGAUGCUGUUACAUCUGAGGAAUUGAAGGCUUCACCAAGGUUGUUCGAUUUCAUCUACGAACAGAUCAUCUCCAGUGAGUCUGUGGACUAUUGGAAGACAAUUGUGAACAAGUGUAUCGACCUUUACACAUCUCGCAACUCUUCGCAGAAGACCAAGACUUUCAUCUUCCGGAACAUUGUCAACCCCAUCUUUGCCAUGGAUGUGAAGCGCAACUGGGAAAUCUUGUUUGAUCAAAAGACCAAGGGUACCAAGUUCAUGGACAAGGCCAUGACGGAAGCUAUCCACAGCCGGCUAUGGAAGCCACAAUCCACGCUUGAGCUGUCCGAGGACACUGCCCAGCUUGGUGUAGACCACUCACGGAUGGAGCUUCUUCAACUCACCACACUCCUUCUGAAGCACUACCCUGGUAUGAUACAAGAUGCCCGCAAAGACGUCAUCAAGUUUGCCUGGAACUACAUCAAGCUUGAAGACAUCAUCAACAAGUACGCUGCUUACGUGCUCAUUGCGUUCUUCAUUGCUGCAUUCGACACGCCUGUGAAGAUUGCCGUGCAGGUCUAUCAGGCACUCCUCAAGGCACAUCAAAAUGAGGGCCGCUCACUUGUGAUGCAAGCACUGGAGCUCAUGGCUCCUGUCCUGAAGAAGCGGAUGCCGGCAGUGCCUGGAGCGGACUCCAAGAUGCCUCGCUGGAUUCAGUUCCCCCGCAAGAUCCUUUCGGAGGAGAGCUCCAAUCUACAGCAGUUGAUGAGCAUCUUCAACUUUUUGGUGCGGCAUCCAGAUCUUUUCUACGAGGGUAGAGAGCAUCUGUCACCCAUCAUCAUCACUGCGCUGUCCAAGAUUGCACAACCUCCUAACCCAUCGACCGACGCAAAGAAGCUGGCAUUGAACUUGAUCAGCCUCAUCAGGACCUGGGAGGAACGCACAGCAAGUGAGAGCACUGGCUCAUCGGAUCGGUCAUCAGAGUCCCCGCAAGCUAUUAAGAGGCGUGCAGAUGGAUCUGCCGUGGUCCCAGCCUCCUCACCAAAGGGUUUUGUUGCAGGAGCUGGAAUCCGGAUGAUGCUCAUCAAGUACCUCAUACAGUUCGUCGCGUACCUGCCAGAGCGCUUUCCCGUCGCUUCGCCGAAAUCCAAGGAGACUGCCAUGGUCGCCCCUAACGCUCCACAGCCUGCUGAAAUCUGCAGGAAGGCUGUGCAGCUAUUGCACGACUUACUCUCACCACGACUAUGGAGCGACCUGGAUCUCGACCUCAUGCUUACCAAGAAGAUUGAGGAGAUUCUUCUGACGGAAAUGAAGCAGGAAGACAAAGCCGAGGUUUUCACCACACGUAUGAUCAACACGCUCCAGAUUGUCAAGGUCAUCGUCAAUGUCAAGCCUGACGACUGGGUGCUGCAACGCAUCCCCCAGUUCCAAAAGAUCCUGGACAAGCCCAUUCGAUCUGAGAACCCCGAUGUACAAGCAAGCCUCCACGCGACGGAUGAAUCUGAGGAUGGUGCCAUGAAACUGAAGCCUAUUCUCAAGCGCAUACUCGAGGUGAUGCCUGAGCCUGUUACAGAUGACGAAGGUAACAUUGAAGAAUCGGCCUCGACCGAAUUCGUCAACUUCCUUGGUACAAUCGCAACCGAGGCACUCUCGAACAGCUCUUACGUUAGCGCCAUAAACAUCCUCUGGACCUUGUGCCAGAAACGGCCCGAGGAGAUUGACCAGCACAUCCCAGCAGUCAUGAAGGCAUUUCAGGGCAAGAUGGCUAAAGAUCACCUCGCGAGUAACAGUGGCGUUCCGGGACAGCCUGUACCGCCCGCCAUGCGCCCUGAAGGUGCCAACCCUCCUACCGAUCCUCGCGAAAUCGAGAUUCAAACAGAUCUUGUGCUCAAGACUGUCGACAUCUUAGCUGCCCGGAUGAACGAACUUGGGGAGAACCGACGGCCGUACCUUAGUGUCCUUGCAUCUCUUGUCGAGCGAUCGCAGACUAACUCGGUCUGUAUGAAGGUGCUGGAUCUUGUUGAAGAGUGGAUCUUCCGCUCUACUGAGCCUGUGCCAACACUUAAGGAGAAGACUGCAGUGCUCAGCAAGAUGUUACUUUUUGAACACCGGCCUGACACAUCACUCCUAACCCGCUUCUUAGAUCUCGUCAUCCGCAUCUACGAGGACCCCAAGAUUACCAGGAGCGAACUCACUGUGCGUAUGGAACAUGCUUUCUUGAUUGGCACGCGCGCACAGGAUGUCGAAAUGCGCAACAGAUACAUGGCCAUCUUCGACAAGAGCUUGAGUCGUACUGCGGCCAGUCGUCUAAGCUACGUGCUAGCUUCUCAGAACUGGGACACACUUUCUGACAGCUACUGGCUGAGUCAGGUCAUUCACCUCAUGUUCGGCUCAGUUGAGAUGAAUAUGCCAGCGCAGCUUCAUUCCGAGGACUUUCGCCUCAUGCAGCCCAGCAUGCUAUUCGGGACUUAUGCUCGAGACCCUAGGAUUGGAGAUGUCAUGGUUGAUGAUGAGUUGGAGAACCUCGUCAACAGCCAUCGCCGCUUCUGCAAUCAGCUCGUCGAUGUCAAGAUCAAGGAUAUCUUUGAGCCACUCGGGCAUUUGCAACACACUGAUAGCAACCUAGCACACGAAAUCUGGGUGGCUUUCUUCCCGCUAGCAUGGACUGCACUCACCAAGGACGACCAGAGCGACCUCGAGAAGGGCAUGGCUGCUUUGCUUACGAAGGACUACCACUCGCGUCAGCUGGACAAGCGCCCCAACUGUGUCGCAACCAUGCUCGAUGCCAUCGUUCACUCUCGACCACGGGUCAAGUUCCCGCCUCAUAUCAUGAAGUACUUGGCUCAGACGUACAAUGCCUGGUACACUGCUGCUGUGUACAUGGAAGAUUCCGCCAUUUCACCUGUCGUUGAUGUUGAGAAGCUACGCGAGAGCAACCUGGAUGCUUUGCUGGAGAUCUACAGUGGACUGCAAGAAGACGACCUCUUCUACGGCACAUGGCGUCGUCGCUGUCAAUUCAUUGAAAGCAAUGCUGCUCUUUCGUACGAGCAGUGUGGCAUUUGGGACAAGGCGCAGCAAAUGUACGAGGCUGCGCAGAUCAAGGCACGAACGUCUGUUCUUCCCUUCAGUACCGGCGAGUACAUGCUCUGGGAGGAUCACUGGGUCAUCUGCGCGCAAAAGUUGCAACAGUGGGAGAUUCUGAGUGACUUUGCUAAGCACGAGAAUUUCAACGAUCUUUACCUGGAGUCGACCUGGCGGGUCUUUGAUGCCUGGCAGAAUGCCGAGACACGCGAACAGCUUGAUGCGACUAUCAAGGCUGUCAGUGACGCGCCGACACCGCGAAGAGUCUUUUUCCAGACUUUCAUGUCACUGCUCAAACUCCACAACAAGCAGGAGUCGCAGCCAGAGUUUCACCGACUUUGCGAUGAGUCUAUCCAGCUUUCUAUUCGGAAAUGGCACCAGCUUCCACGACGCAUCACGCAAGCGCACAUCCCGCUCCUGCAGCACUUCCAGCAGCUGGUUGAGUUGCACGAUGCUAGUGUCAUCUGCCAGAGCCUUGCUCAGACCACUCAAGUCAAUCUGGAUGUCAAAUCACAAGAGCUUAAGCUGCUCCUCAGCACCUGGCGCGAUCGCCUGCCAAAUUUCUGGGACGAUAUCAAUGCAUGGCAGGAUCUCGUCACUUGGCGUCAACACAUCUUCCAGCUCAUUAAUGGUGUCUACCUGAACCUGUUGCCUCCCAACCAGAACAAUGCCAGCGGCAACUCCUUUGCAUACCGAGGCUACCACGAGACUGCAUGGAUCAUCAACCGCUUUGCACAUGUGGCUCGUAAACACAACCUGCCCGAAAUCCAAGAAGCAUUCCUGAAAUUGCGCGAACAGGCAAAGUGCCACUACCAGAUCAAGGCUGAUCUCAAUAGCGGUCUGGAUGUGAUUAACAACACCAAUCUUAACUAUUUUGGUCCAAAUCAGAAGGCAGAGUUCUACACUCUCAAGGGCAUGUUCCUGGCCAAGUUGGGGCAGAAGAAUGAAGCCGGCGAGGCUUUUGGAACCGCGCUGUACUUUGACAUUAAGCUGCCAAAGGCAUGGGCAGAGUGGGGACGUUACAACGACAUGCUGUUCAAGGAGGAGCCGCAAAACCUGGAGAGGGCCGAGGCAGCGCUCAGCUGCUACCUGGAAGCUGCCAGUCAGUUCAAGAAUGCCAAGUCGAGGAAGCUGCUUGGGCGUGUCUUGUGGCUGCUCAGCUUGGACAACCCGGAGCGGAAAUUGGCGGAGAAGUUUGAAGAGUUCAAGGGCGAUACGCCAGCGUGGUACUGGAUUACCUACAUUCCGCAGCUGUUGAACAGUCUCUCGCGACAGGAAGCGCCUAUUGCGAGGUCCAUUCUCGGAAAACUGGCCAAGACGUACCCACAGGCGCUGUACUGCCAUCUCCGAACGACACGAGAGGAUAUGGCCGUGCUCAAGAAGACGCACGAGGCAAAGGAAGCUAAGGAAAAGGCGGCGAAGGCGAAGCAGCAACAGGCUCAAGCCUCACCAGCCGUGAAGCAGGGUUCACCUGAAACGCAAGCUGGUUCCGGUGCCGCCAACCAGCCAGCGAACGCAGGCGCCGACACCAAGCCUGCUGCGAAUGGAGCAACCAACGGUGCAGUUAAGACGGAGGGUGCAGCCCAAGGCAGUCCGAAGGGCAAUGGCGUACCUGCCGCGGCCGAUGCUCCUCCAGCACCAAAGAAGCCAUGGGACCACGUGGAAGAGAUCAGUGCCAUUCUCAAGACGGCAUUCCCUCUACUUGCACUAUCCAUGGAGACGAUGCUCGACCAGAUUCAGAAGAACUUCAAGUGUCCGCCUGACGAAGAUGCUUACCGACUUAUCGUGGCCUUGCUCAAUGAUGGCCUUUCUUAUGUUGGUCGUCAGCCCAAUCUCUAUGCGAGAGAAAUCAAACUGCCAGCAUCGACCGAGGCUAACAUCACGCGUUUCGCUGAGUCUGUUCUGCCACCACACAUUCGUAAAGCUUUUGAGAAGGACUUUGUCACUAACAAGCCAACCAUGUACGAAUACAUCCAGAAACUGCGUACAUGGCGGAAUCGCUUUGAAGAAAGGCUCGAUCGCAGGAAGCUCACGGUGCCACUUGAGCAGUACACGCAUCAGCUUAGCGAGUUCCGCUUCCUCAAGUUUGACGAUGUCGAAGUGCCUGGACAGUAUCUGCAACAUCGAGACAAGAACUCCGACUUUGUGCGCAUCGAGCGCUUCCUUCCUGAUGUGGAGCUGGUGCGUGGCAUCGGUAUCUGUCAUCGCCGUCUCAGGAUUCGCGGCCAUGAUGGAAGCAUUCAUCCUUUUGCCAUUCAAUUCCCUGCUGCUAGGAGCUCACGGCGUGAAGAGCGCAUCUUGCAAUUGUUCCGUAUCUUUAACGGCAUCUUGGCAAAGCGCAAAGAGAGCCGUAGGAGGAACCUGCAGUUCCACCUUCCACUUAUGAUCCCGAUUACGCCUAGUGUGCGCAUGGUACAGGAUGAUGCGUCGUACAUCAAUAUGCAUGGCAUUUAUGAGGACUAUUGCCGUAAGAAUGGCAUCAAUAAAGAUGAGCCCGUACUCUUUAGUAUCGAGAAGCUUAGAGCUCUCCAGCCCAAAAACAUCGAUCACGCUAAUAGCAUCCGCCUCGAGACUUUUGCUGCUGUCCAAGAAAAAUAUGUGCCUCCGACAGUCAUCCAGGACUACUUCCGCGCCACCUUCCCCACUUUUGAUGACUUCUGGCUCUUCCGCCGUACCUUCAGUUACCAGCUGGCCGCUCUCACUUUCAUGACCUAUGUCAUGCACAUGAACACGCGUUUCCCGCAGAAGAUUAGCGUGUCUCGAUCCAGCGGCCGUAUCUGGGGCUCUGAAUUGAUUCCCAGCAUGGCGGUCGGCAAGCCAAUUCUCCACAACUCGGAGCCCGUGCCUUUCCGUCUGACGCCCAACCUGCAAACCAUAAUGGGCCCGCUCAAUCUCGAAGGCAUCUUCGCACCCAGUGUCAUGACGGUGGCUCGAUGCUUGAUUGAACCCGAGGGCGAGUUGGAGAUGCAGCUUAGUAUCUUCAUGCGCGAUGAGAUGAACCACUGGUUCACAAGUCAACACAAAGCAGCCCAGUUGACACCCGAAGUCCUCAGGGAGAGUGUGCAGAACAACAGCGAUCUGAUUGUCAAGAGAGCUAGCGCGAUCGGCAGUCUGCCGACUGGAGCCAAUCUGCCGGCGAACCAAACUGUGGUCGAUCUUGUUGCCGUAGCGGUGCACCCGGCUAAACUGAGUCAGUGCGACCCGCUUUGGAUGGCGUACUUGUAAGCAGGAGUACAUGGGUUGCGACAUGGGGUUACGGUGUUUUGGGGGUGUGUUGGAUUGGAUUAUACAUGUAUUCUUGGGUGGUUGGUUUGACCAUUUCUAUCCAGCGUUGACGUUUGGGUCAAUGGAGUGUGGAAUGGUGACAUACCGUGUAUCUGUGUUUUUUCUCUUCUUCUUUCGUUUCUAGCAAUGGCGCUCUCGGAGGGUGAGGGAAAAGGAAAGCGCAGUUGAUUCAACGUGUUUUUUUUUCAUUCCUAUGGGGUUUUCCUUUGGACAACGUUGUGAUGGGGGUCUGUUUUUAUAUUCUUGUGUCAGGAAUUGACUCG